AUGCGGCUGUUGAUAUCGUUGCUGUUAUCGCUGCACCCGUCGUUGUUUCCGAUUCUAGGGAUUUUCAUCCUGCGGACCCUCGUCGUCCACUCCGAGACGAUAGACGCCAUGCUCGGCAAGUCGCAGCCCGAGCCAGCUUUAUAUCGCCAACAACACGAUGUCGUUCAAGAUGCGGGUGUCACUUUUGCGGGUCUCGCCAACUUCGGGGAGCACAGCCAC